UAAAGGAUGUUUGAUGGAAACCCUACCAACGUGACUGGAGAUCCCAAGAAGUUGGUUCAAAUGGACAACUAAAUCAAACAAAAUCCGAUAAAAGCACUGAAACCUACCCAUAUUCCAAGAUGAUAAUAGUGCUCCUGUAAAUUUAAGGUUAAGCAUUGGCUUUUAAUGAGAUAAGACCAUGACCUUCAUAUACAUGUAUAUAAAGUAUUACAGGGUACUUUAUUGUGUAUAUGGUAGGUGCACAUGGCAAUCACUUAGUGAGUGUGAAAUAGGGCCGUUUCUAGGAGAAUGAAGUUCAGGCUAUACUCUCCAAGUUCACUCAUGACUAACCAGGCAAGUUCACGACCAAAAUGAACACAAUAGAGAAAUUAACUCUACGAGAAAACGCAGCUGUGUUAUAUCUGUUGACUCGGUUUACAUAAACUUUCGGGGGGUUCAAGACAUCAUGUUCACCACCUGAAAAGUAAAUCCGACAGAUAUUAACAAUGAGUAGUUCAAAGCUGGAAAACGCUACUACAUCAUAUACAGUUAGUUUUUUCGCUUAUACUCUCGAAAAGUCCGUCUGUCUAGUCUACUGUUAGGUCUAGUUGUAGAGUCGGUCAUAGUCUAUCUAGUUUAGUGUUUAGAGUAAUUUCUAUUCGUGUGGGGGAUUGUUGGACCAAUUUUAUUAUAAGCCCAAUGGGCUGUGUAAUAAAUUGGUUAUGUGAAUAGAAAAUCUUUUGCAAUCCUAAUGGGCUGAGUAAAAGAUUGAUUUUAUGUGAAUGAUUAUGGGGAUUAUUUGACUCAUUUUGCAAGCUCAAUAAGCUGAGUAAAUUUAAUGGGUUAAGAUUUCAAUAACUUAAAAAAAAAAAAAAGAGCCAACUUGGUGACCAAGUUAGCCAACUUGGUGACCAAGUUAGCCAACUUGGUGGCCAAGUUAGCCAACUUGGUGGCCAAGUUUAGCCAACUUGGUGACCAAGUUAAGCUAACUUGGUGACCAAGUUUAAUUCUCUAUAAAUACCACCAUGAUCUCUCCAUAAUCUUACAUCUCACAACUCACUCAAUCAUCUCUCUAACUACCACUUUCUCUCACUAGAAAAGAAAAAAAUACUCUUUAGAUUUUAUUCUUUAAAGUAAGUGUCUCGAGAGUAUAUCGUAGUAGUUAGUUCGUAGAUUCUGCUGUUGCGAAACGGUCUCAUCACGGUUGUAUCCUGGGAUUCAAAAAUCGCAUAAAACCGUCACACAUUACGGGCGAUUUAUUGAGUUAAGAAAAGAGAUCAAAUCUCGACUCCGUGAAUUCGUCUAUUUCCUUACGAUUUCUUAAACGUUCAACAACGUGGGCCUUAGUGCACCUUCAGGGUUUCAGUACAACAAUGAUACAACUUCGUGGUUAGAUGCUGAGCCGUUAUUUCCUCGUCAAACAUGGUGAUCACCACGUGUCGAUAGCACCAGAUGAUUUCGUUAGAAGUGGUUGUAAUAGCAGUCGUUGGACACGAGAUUGGACUUCUCAAACUUUCUUUUACGCACACAUUAUUGGAGCAAAUCUCACCGCUUCAAGAUCAUCUUGUCCGAGCCACUGUGGAAGCAUCUCAAUACCGUAUCCUUUCGGGAUCGGAAGCGAUUGCUAUCUCAACGAAUGGUUUGCAAUUCAAUGCAACAAUUCCACUUCCGGAGACCUUGUCCCCUAUCUACCGAAGAUUAACAAAGAAGUUGUCAAAAUCUCUCUACCGGAUCCAAAUAAUUUCGACGAUGCCAAAUCAUACGGGUCACUUCGCAUCAAAACCAACAUAACGUCCAUGGGAUGUUCCAACAGCAGCGAUGAAACAAAGUUUGAUGAGCCUUUGAAUAUUACUGGAUCCCCAUUUACUAUUAGCCGUUCCAACAUCUUCCAAGCUAUCGGCUGCAACUACAAGGCCACCUUGACACAUCUUGACCCCACAGUGGUGGGGUGCAUCUCGACUUGUGAGCCAAGAAAGAUAGGUGAUCAUACAAGCUGCCGUGGUAACAAAUGCUGCCAAGUAGACCCACCUAGUGAGAUUGGACAAAUAGUCGGUAUCAGCAUGGAGGAAAUCUCUAGUAACGUAACAAGAAAGAGAGGGUGUCGAGUAGCCUUCUUAACUGACGAAAAUCAAGACCCUCUAGCGUACCGUGAAGGCAAAGUAACUGAUCCAAAGUGGUUUUACGAUAGGCAAUAUGUUAGACUCCAGCUAAGGUGGGCCAUUCAGAUGAAAAAUCUCUCGUUUAUCAAUUCCUUGGGUUGCACAAUGGGGCACUCCAGCUCUAGCGUUAGUCCUUGCAUAUGCGUGAAUAAUACAAACGAUCAGAUCAGCAGUGUAGGUUGUGCAUGCCACAAGGGUUACAUAGGUAACCCCUAUAUCAUGGGUGGAUGUAAAGAUAUUGAUGAGUGCCAACUCGACAAGGGUAACUACGAAAAUUGUAGGCCACAAGGAGGCACUUGUGUGAAUACUCCGGGAAGCUACCAGUGCGUAUUCAAGAAGUACAAGACUAUGCCAGUUACUAUGGGACUAUGUGUAGGUUUUGGUGUGCUGAUGAUGGUUUUCGCAGUUGCCUUUUUGUUAUGCAAAUUUAUCAAAAAGCAAAGGAAGAUCAUUUGCAAAAAUAAGUUAUUUAGACGUAAUGGAGGUUUAUUGUUGAAACAACAGUUGACUUCAACAGAAGGCAGCAUCGAGAAGACAAAAGUAUUCACCUCCAAAGAGCUAAAGAAAGCAACUGAAAACUUCAGUUCAACAAGAGUGCUUGGAAAAGGUGGCCAGGGCACCGUGUAUAAAGGAAUGCUUGUAGAUGGUAGAAUCGUAGCUGUGAAAAAAUCUACCGUUGUAGAUCAAGACAAGGUGGGAGAGUUCAUUAACGAGGUUGUCAUUCUAUCGCAGAUCAACCACAGAAACAUCGUGAAACUCAUAGGCUGUUGCCUUGAGACAGAAGUGCCUCUUCUAGUUUAUGAGUUUGUUUCUAAUGGUAACAUUUUUGAGCAUCUUCAUGGUGAGUUUGAUGAGUCCGCAAUGACUACUUGGGAGAUGCGUUUGCGCAUUGUCAUAGAUAUUGCUGGAGCUCUUUCAUACCUCCACUCAUCAGCCUCGACUCCGAUUUUUCAUAGAGAUGUCAAAUCUACAAAUAUAAUGUUGGACGAAAAAUAUCGAGUUAAAGUGUCUGACUUCGGCACUUCAAGAUGGGUAACUGAUGAUCAUACCCACCUAACUACUGUGGUUUCAGGUACAGUUGGAUAUGUAGAUCCGGAGUACUUCCAGACUAGCCAAUUCACCGACAAAAGUGAUGUGUAUAGCUUUGGGGUGGUGCUAGUGGAACUCAUCACCGGAGAAAAGCCCAUAUCCCUUGUCCGGUUUCUAAGAAACAGAACACUGGCAGCUUAUUUCAUUCUUGCAAUGGAAGAGAAUCGACUCAUCGACAUUAUCGACCCUCAAAUCAGAGCUGAGUGCAAGCUAGAGCAAGUCAUGGCGGCAGCACAACUUGCAAGGAGGUGUCUGAUGCUUACUGGAAAGGAUCGACCGAGCAUGAGAGAAGUGGCAAUGGAGUUAGAGAGAAUUCGCUCAUCAACUAAAGAUUUACAGUCAAAUGUUCAUAUUGUCAAAAACAAUGCGGAGGAAGCAGAUAUUGGUGUGGAAUCGUGUAGCGUUGAUACAACUUCAACGUUAGAUGCCGAGCCGUUAUUUCCUGGUCAAACAUGGUGACCAUCACAUUUUCGAUAUCACUGGAUGAUUUCGUGAUAUUAGUAUUAAGUAUUGUAUAGUAUAUAUCAACUAGAUGACUAUAACCCUAUAAAGUUUGUAUGAAAAACAUGUGAUAAGCGGUGUAUAUCUGCGUUAUGGUUUCCAUUUGUAUUAAACAAAGUACUAGCUAGUAUGGGUAGUUGUUGAAUAUGCACUGAUUUGAAUGAUAUGUUUCUUUAAGUACGUACAUACGUUAUACAAGUGGUAGUUCUCAUCAUCUUACGUACUCACUCUCAGUUGUAUAUUAUUUUAGGUUUAACACCAACCGAAAUGACCUUCUACUAACGUAAUUAAUAUACACGGGUUAACACCAACCGAAAUGACCUUCUACAUGUCAGGCCAUGCGCAUCAGAGAGGUUUAAAGGAGAUGAUCACGCGUACGUUUUAUGAAGAAAAAAAAAUAUUAAAAAAAUUAAAAGCGAUGAACUCGGUUCGUCUCGCCUCUCCUGUGUGAUACCCUCUCUCCUAAAGUUCACCACUGUAACAUGGGCUCCACGACACGUGUUGGUCCGCGAUUGGUCAAUAUUUUUUUUUUAUUUUUAAAAAAAAAUCAAAAAAAAGAAAGAAAAAAUUUAAUAAUAAAAAAUUAAGAAGAUGAAUUCUAAAGGGAGUUCAGUGAUGCUCUUGCUCUCAUGUUUCAUAAUAUAUGCUUGUGAACGCAGCCAUCAUUAUCCAAGGCUCUCAGUAGAGUCUCUUAAUGCAAUUGGUAUUAAAAGAAAAAGAAAAUUAAAUGUUAAUAGAAGAAACAUUUCUUAAUUAAUUAAGGGGUGGAAGAUACGUCUCAUGAGAGAGUUUGGCGUUCAUCUGUAUCUCUCUAUUCAGAGAACGACGCUUCUGAUCAUCGCUGGGUUGAUUCAGGCGGCGAGGAAAGUGCUUUCUCCUUCUUCGUCCUCCUCUCCGACGACGUCUCCCUCGUUCGAAACGGAGAUGGCGUUUUCUGGAUUGGAGAGCCGAAACGCGGAAGUAGACGGUCUCGUGAAGGCCACGACGAGCACGAUGCAGGUUCAAGUUGAGUUGCUCGACAAGAAGAUCGAGAAGGAAUCCAAAGCGUUGCAGCAAGAGCUCGAGGCGAAAGCUUCUGCCUUUCUUUCUGAUGCAGCAUUCGGAUCCGUAUCUCGUUGGGAAAGGGAGUAGCUGGUUUGCGACAACCGGUCGGAAGGCUCAUACCAAUGCGGUUAAGAUGUUGUCUCCGAGUUUUGGGGAGCCUGGACAGUGUUUUGCUUUGAAAGGGAGUAGUGGUUAUGUUCAGAUCAGGCUGAGAGGACCAAUUGUACCAGAGGCUUUCACCUUGGAGCAUGUAGCUAAGGCUAUGUAAACGAUGAGAUACAUCAAGCUGAAUCACUCAACGUAAAGACGCAAACUUGGGAGCCAGCGCCGAGUCUUGAGAUGAAGGAGAUUUGGUGUAGAAUGAUUGGUUUAGAAAGGAGCGAUGAAGGGAUCAAUGGGGCUGCAGAAUCGGGUCAGCGUAUGAGGCUCAUACCUGUACUGGAAAAAACAAACCGUUUCCUAGAGGAGGCAAG